CCUUCAUUCGGAAAUCGUCUCGAGUCGUUGACGGAAGCAAAGUUUUGUUUUUAUUUUAAAAAAGCUUCUUUUAAUUUCAAAGUGCAAUAAAAAUUUGAAAAUUUUAUAAAUUCAGAAACUUUACUGAAAUGGGGAGAGAGGGGAAAGGUUGGAAUGGAAGGAAGUCAAAGAAACGAGGCAGAGAAGAGGAAGAAGAGUUUCAUUAUGAGGAAGAAUUCGACCAAGAUGACGAUUCGGUUCAAGAAGGAGUCCCUGUCGCGGCGAAACGAGACGCCGAAGCGGCCGAAGAAGGAGCGUCUGUCGUGCCGGAUGAUGAAUUCGGAGCGAAAGAUUAUCGUCCUCAAAUGGAGUUGAGAAGUGAUCAUGAAUCCCGACCAAUUUGGAUGGCUCCAAACGGCCACAUUUUCCUGGAAGCGUUUUCUCCCGUGUAUAAACAUGCGCACGAUUUUUUAAUCGCGAUCGCGGAACCGUUAAAUCGUCCCGAACAUAUCCACGAGUACAAACUAACUGCCUACUCUCUUUACGCCGCGGUCAGUGUGGGCCUACAGACUGAAGACAUUAUCGAGUACUUGACGAGAUUGAGCAAGACCACGAUUCCCGACGGAAUUAUGGAGUUCAUCCGCCUGUGUACGCUGUCCUAUGGAAAAGUCAAGCUGGUCUUGAAACAGAAUCGCUACUUUGUCGAAUCCAGUCAUCCCGAAGUACUCCAAAAACUUUUAAAAGAUCCCGUCAUUCAAGAAUGUCGCUUGCGCCAUUCCGACGACGAGGCCUUUGUCGAAUCCAGCAUAACAAAAACGAGUGGCGCGGCCGUACUGAAUUCCGCCUUUAGCACGACGAACAAUCCGACCUCCUCCACCGCCACGGCUGGGAAUAGCAACGCAAUAAACGGAAAUAGUGGUCACACCACUGAAAAUGGGGGGCCUUCCACAAAUGGCGAAUCCGGACCCACUUUACCGUCCGACAUUACGGAUUACUAUUCUAAAAUUGACGCCGACAAUGACGACGAAGAGGAAGAAAAGGUCGUCUCCUUCGAAGUGAUUCAAGACAAGAUUGAAAUUUUGCAGAAGCGCUGCAUCCAACAGGAAUAUCCGCUCCUGGCUGAGUACGAUUUUCGAAAUGAUACACGAAAUCCAGAUAUUCACAUUGAUCUCAAGCCUUCCGCAAUCCUGCGUCCAUAUCAGGAGAAGAGUUUGAGAAAAAUGUUUGGAAAUGGGAGAGCCCGAUCCGGUGUGAUAGUUUUGCCUUGCGGAGCUGGAAAAAGUUUGACCGGUGUGACCGCCGUCUGUACCGUGAGGAAGCGGGCCAUCGUCCUCUGCAAUUCUGGCGUUUCAGUGGAACAAUGGAAACAACAGUUUAAAUUAUGGAGCACAGCUGACGACGCCAUAAUUUGUCGUUUCACGUCCGACGCGAAGGACAAGCCAAUGGGGUGCAGCAUCCUGGUGACGACGUAUUCCAUGAUUACGCACACGCAGAAGAGAUCCUGGGAGGCGGAGCAGACGAUGAAGUGGUUGCAGGAGCAGGAGUGGGGCAUAAUGUUGUUGGAUGAGGUGCACAGUAUUCCGGCAAAAAUGUUCAGGAGAGUGUUGACCAUGGUGCAGGCACAUUGUAAACUCGGACUUACAGCCACUCUAGUCCGGGAGGAUGAUAAGAUUGCAGAUUUGAACUUUUUAAUCGGUCCAAAGUUGUACGAAGCUAAUUGGUUGGAACUUCAAAAGAAUGGUUACAUCGCUAAAGUUCAAUGUGCCGAAGUGUGGAAUCCAAUGACGCCAGAAUUUUACAGGGAAUACUUGAAUUCUGGAAUUUCAAAGAAAAUUCUCCUGUGCGUCAUGAAUCCCGCAAAAUUCCGCACCUGUCAAUUCCUCAUUCGCUAUCAUGAACGACGCAACGACAAAAUAAUCGUCUUCUCCGAUAACGUUUACGCCUUAAAGCAUUACGCCAUGAAGCUCGGCAAGCCCUUCAUCUACGGACCAACCUCGCAACAGGAGAGGCUCCAGAUUUUACAAAAUUUCAAAUUCAACCCAAAAAUUAACACGGUUUUCGUAUCGAAAGUGGCUGAUACUUCGUUUGAUCUGCCAGAAGCCAAUGUCCUCAUUCAAAUCAGUUCCCAAGGCGGGUCGCGACGUCAAGAAGCGCAACGGUUGGGACGUAUUUUGCGAGCGAAGAAAGGCGCAAUUGCUGAGGAAUACAACGCAUUUUUCUACACUCUCGUAUCUGAAGACACUAUCGAGAUGAAUUAUUCUCGAAAACGGCAACGAUUCUUAGUCAAUCAGGGCUAUUCCUACAAAGUGAUUACCAAAUUGGCCGGAUUGGAGCAGGAGGACUUGCACUAUAAGUCCAAAGAAGAACAAGUCCAACUCAUCCAACAAAUUUUGGCCGCUCGGGACGAUGCCGAGGACGAGGAGCGAAUUCCCGGCGAAGGUCGGGGAGCCGGUCCUUGGGGUGCUUUUGGUCGUCGCAGUGCCAACCUUGGUUCUCUUUCCGGUGCGGAUGACGCGGUUUAUCGGGAAUACCGAAAAAAUGCAAAUUCCGCUAAUAAACAUCCACUAUUUAAAAAAUUUAGACAAAAGUAGUUUAGAAGAAUCUCUCCGUAAUAAAAAAAUACAACACUUUUUUAUAAAUUCUUUGAUACAAUUUUCAUGAAAUUAACUACAUAUUUAUUUCGGUUUUACUUUUAACAGAUUGAUAAAAUAAACUGGGAAUUAAAAUAA